UGACUUUUGGGUUUGUGUUGGUAAAUGGUUGCAGCAAAGUGGCUCAUUAAUGAUGAGUUUUUUGUGUUGGCAUACAGAUCUGACUAACUGCUUGCUACUUUUCUGUGGUUCACAUAUGGGAGAGGUUGAGUUAAAUAAUGUCAGAUAUUAAUAUUGUAGUAUAAGUUUUAAUGGCCAUGAAUUGCUACCUAAUUGAUGUGGUAUAUAUUUUUUUUUUUUACGCACACGGUGAUACGUUUGCCUGUGAACUCUAUAUUUAACAACCUUGCAAUAUUACAAUAUUUGUGGAAGCAUUUCAAAUCCAAACUUUGCAUGUGACUAUAUCUGCUCACAACAUGCAACAAUGGAUUUUUGAUUAUCACUGAAAUGACCUUGCCCCCCCAUCCCAUCUCCAACCCAAGCCCUCCCACAAUGGUGGAACAGGAAGUGAGGUCACCGUCGCCGAACAUUAUCCUCCGCUGCGAUAAUGACUUUUUGAGCUCUCACAAAUCUGUGUGGGACUCCUCCUCUGAUGUGGAAGAGGAGGCAGAGGUGCAAAAAGUCCCAGAUGUUCGUAGAGACGACCUGGCAUCCAGACGAGCUCACCGUGGCCCCGUUUCUCCCAAGGUCCAUCAGUUUGUCCCUUCACCUGAAUGUAGCAACAAAGACAGAGAGCGCUGGGAAGGGAUUAGACGAGCCUCGCAGCAAACACUGCAGGAGAAGGAGAUCAGUCGGAAGGAAGCGGUUCCUGACAUCAUUACACGCAGAGACAACCCCUUCCUCAACUCUGCCUCUCGCCUCGAGGAAGAGGAGGAUGGAGAGGAAGAGGGAGAAGAGGGAAAGGUUAAGGCGACACCUAAUAAACAGAAGGAUGACCUGGCUCGCAGACGGGCUCAGAGUAAGCCCCUCCCUCAUAGGGAUGGACCAAUAAGCUUUGUUUCUGCCUCCAUGAGCCAGGCCGAUAUGCAGAAGUGGGAGAGACUCAAGAUGACUGAACCCAGUGAGGCUAGCCCGUCCCCUGUGUGUCAGGCUUGUCUGGAGAAAAAUUAUGGAAGUCCUUUCAGCAGAUCAGCAAAGGCUGGACGAGGUCACAGCAAAGUUGUGACCUUUGGGGGCGUGACUGAGAUCGAGCAGCCAGUAGACACAGUCACUUCAAGUGAAGGGGAGGAGACAGAGUUGCUAAGACGACUCCUUUCCAAGGCAACUGUAGCCAUGCCUACCAUUGGCCUGGGCUCCCUGCUUUCAGAGCGGGAACGCAGCCAGGUAAAUGGACCUGACGUCAAUCAAUCCAUCGCUCCCUCCGCUGACCUACCACCCUGCACCCCUGAAACCCCUCUAACUCCUGCAGAGCUGGAUGCUUGUCUGGCUCAGUAUGAACAAAGAGCAGAGGAGGAGGAGGAGGAGGAGGAAGUGGAGAGGAUCCCAGAUCUCCAGAAAGAUGACAUGAUGGCGAGGAGGACAGGUGUUUUCCAUAAACAAAGCACCUCUACAGUGACUUACAACAGUUUCCUGCCUCUGCCCAGCACUAAGCGCUACACACAAGAAGAGGUCACAACUGAUGCUGCUCCAAGGAACGAAAGGAAAGUGCAGGCAGACCGGAGCAAAAAACUGAACGUCAGGUGGGCUGAGAUUUGUGUGUCUAACAGUAUGAGAAGGCACUAACAAGCUUGGUGUGGUUUGCGUCCUCAAAGAGGUUCUCCAGCUUGAUGUUUAGUUAUUUCAAUUAUAGGAGUUUCUCUCAUAGAGUGGAGCAACAGCAAC